AUUGCUUAUAGUAAUAUGUAUGCAUUUGUUUACAAGGUGAUUAUGCUCUCAAAUGAAGAUAGGUUAUCUGAAUUACAAAUUCAAAAGCUCUUUCAAGCUAUUGUCAAAAAAGAUGUUGAAAAAGUUAAGAAGAUUGUGCAUAAUGGAGUUCCUAAUUUAGUUAAUCUAGCAGAUCCUAUUCAAGGUAUAUAUAGCUUGCAUUUGGCUGUUCGAACAAAUAAUGAAACAUUAGUGAAAGUUUUGAUAAAUCUUGGUGCUGAUUGCAAUGUUAAAAGUUUGAAAGGAUGUACACCUUUCAUGGAAGCAGCAUAUUAUGGACACAUUCAAGCUUUAAAAUUGUUGUUGGAAUAUUUUCCCAAAGCCAACCUAGCAGUAACCGAUAAUUUAGGUAAAAAUGUUCUCCAUUAUUGCCUAUAUCCAACUAAAAGGCACACUCAUUGUUUACGAAGUGUUAUUAACUAUGGCAUUGAUGUUGAUUUAACUAUAGAUGACAAAUCUGUUUUGAUGUAUGCUUGUCAAGAUGGUCUUCAGGAGUCUGUAGGAAUUCUCUUGGAAGCUGGUAUUGAUGUUAACAAACAAAACAAGGUGGGUGAAACUGCACUUCACAUAGCAUGUUUCUAUGGUUUUAAAGAAUGUGUUCGGUUGCUAAUAAAAUACGGUGCAAACCUCGGCAUUUCUAAUGCAAAUGGUGAACGUGCUGUUCACAAAGCAGCUUUAGGCGGAUAUUUAGGUAUCCUCCAAGUCCUAUCUGCUCACAAUGCUGAUAUGAAUGUUACUACAAUUGAAAAUGAAACUCCACUGCAUUAUGCUGCCAGCUACGGUCACCAAACUGUUUGCAAGUAUUUGGUACAACGUGGUUGUUUUGCAAACGUCAAGAAUAAAAAUGGUCUUACUGCAACAAAUCUUGCAAAGGAAAAUGGUUUUAAAGAAGCCAUGAAAGUGUGUAAGAAAGAGGAAAACAUGAGAGAUUUAAUACAGUUCUCGAAGUUGUAUUUGAUAAAGCUUUAUGAUUGGAAUGUUGAAUAUCAGUUAUUAAUUGAACGCAAGAUGCAAGAAUGUGGUGUAAAUGAAAGUAUUGAUAACAUUGGCAAAAUAAACAUUCAUCAAUUUUUAGACGUUCUGUUGUUAUUCAAACCUCCUGUGUCUGAUUCUAUUCUAAUGGGUAUACUUAAAGAUCAUGAUUCAUCAGCAACUAACCUUAUAGAUUAUAAACUUUUUUUUUCUGGGAAAAAGUUUAUUAGUAAAAAAUUUAUGGUUAAUGGAGAAAAAAAGUUAAAAAAAGGAAAGAAAGGAAAUGGCAAAAAGGGUAAAUCAUCUAUUCUACCAAUUUAUACAAAAGUUUUGAACACACGCAUAAAAAGUGGUGGACCAUUAUCUAAUUUUAUUGAAAAGCAACAGCAAAUUACUGAUUCUUGUCGGUUUACUCCUGACCAUCCACCGAAACAUCCUAUUGUAGAUGACUCUUAUUGGUACAUGGAAAAUCCACCUUCACAAUAUAUUCAAAUUGACAAAGCCAUAAAAAUGGAAGAUGAGUUAUCUUUAAAGAUGGCUAUAAAAGAUGAUUCCAUUUUAAAAACUGAUGAUAAUUAUUACAAGACUCCUUUGAUGACAGCAACUCUAGCAGGAAAUUUAGAUGCUGUUAUGAUGUUUGUACAUUUUGGAGCUGAUGUAAAUGCGAAAGACAAUUUUAUGUGGACACCUUUGCAUUUUGCUUGCCAUAUUGGUCAAAAAGACUUGGUAGAGUUUUUGCUAUGCAAUGGUGCUCUUAUAAAUGCACAAUCGUCAAAUGGUGGUACACCUCUAAUGCGUGCUGUUGAAGCUUCAAAGAUUGAUGUUGUAAAAUUAUUGUUAGAGAAAGGAGCUAAUGUUCUGAUGAAAAAUAGUAAAGGAGAUUCAGUAUUAGAAAUAGCAAUGUCAUACGGAAAUUCUGAUAUCCUUGAGAUAAUUGAAGAAAAAUUGAAACAGUUGCCUCAGAAUGGAGUAAAGAAAAAAAACAAAAGCAUUCAGAAAAAAGAAAAAUUGAAAGGUAAUGAAAAGAUUAUGUUUACCUCCACACUACCACUAGCUAAUGUUGAAUUAAAAUCUGAGUUAAGUCCAAAGUUACCUCAAAAAAAGACUCCUUCUUUAGCAGAAAAGAAAUUAAGAGAUCAUUCUAUAUCGUAUACUGUGAAACAUGCAUGGAUGCCGCAGAUGGACACAGAGGCCUUUCUUUCUUUAUGUCAACGACGGCGGAAUCGCUUUGGUUGUGAAAUCGAUUUUACUGACUAUAAGGCUCCGUUUGAAAAACAUAUAAAAGAUCUCUUGACCGUGUUAGACGAAACAAAUUAACCCUUCUUUGGGCU